CCACAGACUCCGUACCACGUACUUAUCACCUACUACAUACCUACUACCUACUGCCAGACUACGUGGGCAGUCAAACAGACAGUGCAUACUGGGCUAGGAUGGUUCUGAACUGGGGAUGAAAUCUUUUCCUCGGGUUGUCCUACUUCCGAACAUACGGUGAGCGCAUCUGGGAUCUUCAAAUGUGCCAGUGAACCAUCUAGCCUACCUAGUCUAUCGCGUAGUGUGCCUGUGCCCUGACCGGCUGAAACCGACCCUACGCCCAGAACCUAUAAUGGCAAAUGCCCGGUUACCCACGAUAAUCAUCAUUAUUCUGUGUCUCCUGGACUCUUAUCGAAUGAAAGCUGCAAUUCUAAGUAUUCUGCAACUCCUCUUUUUUGAACUACUACUCAGAGAUGAAUCCACCUCACUCCAUUCAUUGUGGGCCACAGAUUUCUCCAAUUUAGCCAUCGGGCUCUGUGACCCAUUUCCCGGGACCGAUUGCCGUCCGAGGGGUUUGGAAAAAGUCAAGGACUCAAGAGAACCUUUCUGGGAACGGGGUGUUGGCGGCUUGGCCCUCUCAAGUGGCAUGAUAUUGUGUGGUAUGAUGGAUGCACCAUUUUCAUCUGGUCAUCCUUCUCCGCACUUUAUCCCAAUUCCAUGGCUAACUAACCACCAUAGUAUAUUCUGUCGAUCUUCCUUCCUCCCACUAACCGGUAUGGCCUAAUUCUCACGUGGCCCGUUCUCUCUGUUCAGUA